AUGGCGCGACUCUUCAUACUUCCCGCCAUUUUCGCCAUCUCGUCCCUCUCGUUAUGGUACAUGAUUUGUUCGGCUCCAGGCUGGGCAGAUCAAGGUUCGGGAGAAAUAUUUUUCCGAAUAAUGUGAGAAUAUUUAUCUAGAAAGUGUCUUCGAGCUACCUAAGCAGUUUGACAACUUUACGAUGCUGGCCGAGCGGUUUCGGCGGUACAAAGACGACCAUUUUGGGUACAUAACGGUGCUCUUCAUAUCUGCGUACCUUUACAAGCAAACUUUCGCAAUUCCGGGAUCGUUCUUCCUGGUUUGUUGUAUUUUCGUUUUAUCUAGAGAAGAUUUAUGUGGGUGACAAACAACUUAUGUGUCGAUCUCAGAGCUCAAAUAAGGAUAUUCAUCGAAUCGAUUUUUUCAGUAGUUUUUUUUUCGAAAAAAUUAUUAUCAGCUAAAAAAAGAAUGGACAUGUUUCAAAUUUUUUUUACGUAGUGCGGCAAUUUUUUUCAUCCUUCACAAAUGCAUUUGCCUAAUUACGUUUUCUGCAGAACGUCAGUUUCUAGAGAAUCGAAGUUUCUUUUCCAUUACCUGCUUAUAAUAUAGAUUAUAGUUAUAUUUGCUCCGAAGAACUUCAUUUUUAGCUCUAGAAAGGAAACGGAAAGUCUUCUGUUGCAGUUUCAGAUUAAUUAUUGACAAUUACACGAGUUGCGUGAAGUUGCGAAAUAAAAGCGCUCACGCUCAUGGGGACUAUGAUAUUUAGGUCCAAAUCUAGCCAUUCUCAAGAGUGUGGCUCACAGAUUCUUCAAAUGAACGACUUCUAACGAGAAACCUUUGCAGAACGUCAUCGCAGGGGCUGUUUACGACCUCUGGGGCGGCUUUGUCCUGUGUUGUUGUCUGACCACCGGUUCGCGCGCUUUCUUUUUUUGCCUCUAAAUUACUUUUUUUCAGCCGGCUCGACUCUUUGCUACCUUUUCUCCGAACUUUUCGGCCGCGAGUACGUCCUCUACUACUUUGGACAGAAACUCACCUAUUUGCAGCAAAAAGUUUUCAUUCUGCAGUCGAUGAAGAUAACUGUGUGUUUUCAGAUCGACGACAAUUCCAACCGACUUCUGCCUUUUUUGCUUUUUGCCAGAAUGUUUCCAAUCUCGCCUUCCUGGCUUCUAAACAUCGUCGCGCCGUUCCUCAACAUCCCUCUGCCCAUUUUCGUCUUCUCUGCUCUCAUCGGUGGGCGAUUGGGCGCAUCUUUUGACCUGCUUCUAUUCAUCUCUAGAUCAACAUCAAAAUCAAGUUCCUCCUUUUGGAAGGGGCCUCCAAUAUCCAAUUUUCGAAGAUUUUUUCAAGCUCGAAAAACAGACAGUGACUAAAUUGUGUCUUGGCUUCGUCGUUUUUUUUUUUUGGAUUUUAAAGUGAUUCACAGUUUCUCUGUUUUUGUCAAAAACCAAAACUUUUGGUUUAAUUUUACAAAUUUCCGAAUAGAGAACUCGCGUAGAUGUGAUUUUACACGCGUUCCAUCGUUUUGUUUAUUACACAAAAGCAAGGGCAAACAAGAUAACGAGAAAAAUGUUCAGGUUUGGCGCCUUACAACUUCAUCUGCGUGCAGGCUGGCUAUAUCCUGUCCGACCUGAGGUCUUGGGACGACGUCUUCAGGUUAGGAGACCCUAGCUCGAUCGCUAGCAUGUUCCUUCCGGUUUCAGCACUACAACGAUGCUCAAGUUGUGUUCCUUCGCUCUUUUGCCGCUCGCCUACGCCAUCUACGUCAGACCGAGAUCCCAGAAGCAACAUCAGGUUUUGAUUAAGAACUCUAAAUUCGAAAAAAGGAGAGAAAAAAAAAAUGCAUACGAAGCCUUUCUUUGCAACUCAUCUGAUUUCAGUUAGUGCCAGCUGCUGAGCCAGAGGUGAAGAAAAUGGAGAUCGUGUGA